AAUGGAAAUGACUUAUUUGGCCUCCACAAACAGUGAAGCCAAAGAACAAGAAAUAUUUCCCUCUUUGCUGCUGUGCGUGGCCUCAAUCUGAUGCUGGUUUCUGGACGAGCUACACCACCAUAACCAAUGUCUUCUUCUACCUUGACUCCCAAUCUUCUUCAAACCAUCUCCACUCAAUUUCACUCUCUUUCUCAUCAUCAAACACCCUCAACUUCUCGAAUUCUAUUCAAUCGCAAAUCAAAACACCCAAUUUCAUCAAAAUCACCUUCAAUUCUAACCCCAUAUGCAGCUCUUUCUGACCCUUUUGUGCUCCAAAUUGCAGAAACCUUUGAAGAUUCUCUCUCCUCUUCUUCUUCUUCUUCUUCAGCACCCUUACCUUUGCAAAAACUAAGGGAUUCUUCUUCUGAAACCCUCCUUUCUCUCUCAUGGCCUACUCGAAAAGAUGAACCCUAUCGAUUUACUGAUACUUCCUACAUUAAAUCCUCUGAAAUUCAACCUAUUACUAACCCACCUCAAGAAUCUGACUUUUCCAGCGUUUCUGAGGAUACCCAUUUGCCCAAUAUCACAAUAAUUGAUGGGUAUUUGGUGGAAACUCUAUCCGGGUUGUCGGGUUUACCCGAAGGUGUGUAUGUGGGUAGCUUGUCAAAGCUAUCUUCUGAGGGAAUUCUGAAAAGGUUAUCUGAAUUUGUGUCAAAUGUUGAAGGGGAUUUGUUUUGGUCUUUAAAUGGGGUUGGAGCUCCUGAUUUGAUUGUUGUUUAUGUGCCUGAAGGGUGCCGAGUUAAUGCCCCUUUGAAUUUAAGGUAUUGCUCCGUGAAAGGGAGUGAUGUCGGAUCGAAUACGUUGCCGGUUUCGAACCCGAGAGUAUUGAUGUUGGUAGAGAAGGGAGGAGAGGUGGGUAUAGUUGAGGAGUUUGUAGGUGGAGAUGGUAAUAAGUGUUAUUGGACUAAUUCUGUUCUUGAAGUGAUCAUUGGUGAAGGAGCAACAUUUAGCCAUUCUUAUGUACAAACACAAUCUUUGGGAGCUGCCCAUAUUAAGUGGACUUCCAUUAGGCAGGAAUCAGCUAGCACCUAUAAGCUUGUAGAAUUUAGCUCUGGUGGGAAACUGAGCCGACACAAUCUCCAUGUUCAGCAAGUUGGCCCAGAUACAGUUACAGAAUUGUCAACACUGCAUCUAUCUAUCAAUGAUCAGACGCAGGAUUUGCACAGCAGUCUGAUUUUGGACCAUCCACGCGGUUACACUAACCAACUUCACAAGUGCAUUGUGGGUCAUCCACGGGGACAAGCUGUAUUUGAUGGGAACGUAAGAGUUAAUAGAUAUGCUCAGCAAACAGAUGCUGGCCAACUGACAAGGAGUUUACUCCUUGUUCCUCAGGCAACAGUAAAUGUGAAACCCAAUCUCCAGAUAAUUGCAGAUGAUGUCAAGUGCUCUCAUGGAGCUGCUAUAAGUGACCUAGAAGAGGAUCAGCUCUUUUAUUUCCAGGCUCGGGGUAUUGACUUGGAGACUGCUAGAAAGGCGCUUAUUUACUCUUUUGGGGCUGAGGUAAUUGAUCGCAUUCCUUUUGCUUAUGUGAGGGAAAAGGCGAAGAGUCAUAUCGCCGAGUUACUUGUUCCCACAGUAAAAUCUAUUGCUUGAUGAAGCCAUAAACAGACGCAAAAAAAGUUUUCCGCAUCAUUCUAAUUUUGACAGUGUUUAUAUUCCUGAAUUCAAUUCCCUCCUUAUUUUUGUAAAAGGAUAGGUAAAUCAACUGCUUCAUAUGAUGAAAGUAUAGUUUCUCCAUAUGGUGUACACUUUUGUAAGUUUCACAUAUGAGCAAAAUAUGCUGUUGUAUUAUAGUGCCUGUUUUUAAAAA